AUGUCCCUUCGUUUCAAGACGUCGCUUCGACAUCUCUGCACCACUGUAUCCCUUCUCCCCUCGUUGACCAUCGCCUGGCAGUGCGCCGCGAACUCGUCUGAGCUCAACCAAGCCCAGACAUUGUGCCGAACCAAGCGUUGGGAUGUUCCAGCAAUCGAUUACUCGAACAAUUUAACAGCGGGAUGGCCGUAUCUCGAUGUUUCGGCCCGUGUCAAGUUCUACGACGGAGUCAAGGCCGGUAGGACGUACUCGCACCACCCUUUGAUGCUCAAUGUGGACGGCACGAUCGUGCUCAUCCAUUCGUCGGAGUGGCAAGAUGAGGAUUCGAUGGGCCAGGAAAUCUGGGGCGGAGUGAGCCACGAUGGCGGCUUUACAUGGACCGAGUCGCAGGCUAUCUUGCCAAGUGCCCUGCUUCCGAACCAGACGCAGGAACACAAUUUUACCUACUGAUUGACAGCGACCAAGAUGGUUUACGCCGUCGCCGACAGCUCCAAUUUCUUUUGCAACAACAAGACUCUUGGAAGCUCCUACACCCGCGGGGCAGGCCGCAUCGCCCGCCCGAUGAACCUGACGAGGGGAGGACCAUCAGGUCCGCCCUGCUGGCUCUACCAGAACGAGUUCACGUACGGCCCAUUAGCAUUCGACAAGACGGUCCACGGUACCCAAUGGGGCAUGGCGUUUUGCCACGAAAGCGAUCUUCUCAACCAGGUGCUCGAUUACCCGGGUGAGGUUCCCGCUUGGUCCUCCGUGCUCUACAACAACAAGUUCUAUGCCGCCGACCACGCACACGACCUGCAAGAGCCCACGCACUCCGUCUGGGAUCCUAUCAACUAUGGCUGGCAACGCUUCUGGCGGGAUAUCUCCAGUACCAGUAACUCGAUGGCGGUCUGGACCGAGUGUACCUGCAACUCGUCACAGUGGUACCCCAACGACAUUCCCAUCGACGGCAAUACUGUCUCGAACGACAGUCAUCCCGUUAUGCAGACGGAUAUCACCGACGCUAAGACGAAGCAGUACUUUGGGUACUUUAGCACCCCGUCCAACCCGACCGUCCGCUACCUAGCAUCCAACCCCCGGAACAACACCGCCGGGGAUCGCUUCCCCUUGACGUUGGCAUGGCAGGGCCUUGACGACCCCGACGACAGCUGGACAUUCAAGCAUAUCGGCGUGGUGGCGACCAACCCCGCCAACUCAAGCAACAAGGGAUUCUCCUAUCCCGAGGUUGUCCAGGCCGGUGACAAUCUUCUCGUGGCCUACUCGGAGAACAAGCAAAAUAUCUGGGUCAGCGUGAUCCCGAUCUCGUCUCUGUAG